AUGAGAAAGCUCUUCUGGGUCGUCACUGCGGUAUCCUGCAUACUUUGUCAAAUACAGGCUGACUCGGCGAAUCUGUUUCCUUCAUUCGCAUGGUGGUCGAUCGUUUACAGCUUUUUCCUGAUUGCCGGAAUUUUUUAUUUGACAGGAACUGAUGGGCUUGUGAGAUAUCAAGUCGCGAUUGCUGGGUAUCUCGGGGCAGGAAUAGUACUGGUCACAUCUUCCGUGAAUUCGUUAGCAUAUUCACCUAGUGGUGCUAGAGUAGCUGCCACCGUAGGAUUCAUAGUGCUUUCCAUGGUCAUGAUUAUAUGGCUACUAUACUUUGGCUCGGAGCAGUCUUCCAAACCGCGACAACUUGUAGACUCUCUCUCUGACACACCUUCUUCAAUAAGAACUGAGCGGGGGGCAGAACCGUUGCCAAGCCCCCCGAAAACCCGUCAAGGAUGGCCGUACAAGGCGACAGCCUUAUACUCUUACGAUGGCAACCCCAAGGACCCAAAAGAGAUCUCAUUUGCUAGAGGAGAGAUUUUGGAUGUAUCUAAUAUUUGCGGGGCGUGGUGGCCAGUGAAGAAAACUUCAGGAGAGGAAGGCAUCGCACCAAGUAGUUAUCUCAUGCUGAGAUAG